AGUGCGUCGUCGUUACAAGGGACGGGGUGUAGCUGUGGGUAGAAAAACAUCCACAGAAAAAAACAGCUUGAGUAGCCCACGCAGUUGUUGACUGUAUGACAGCGGCCACCGCGCUCAUGUCAACCACAAGGAUGAGAAAGCAAUCGGGACAGGGCAGAGCUUUGAUUGUUUCCUAGGAACCGAACAGCACCGGGAAAUAAAAAUGGAGUGGUAGGCAAUCCACGGCGCGAGAGGCGCGUCCACCUGCUGCUACAGAAGAGUCCUGGCUCGUGGGUUAAAAACAAGGUUGGACACAAGGCAGAGCAUGCCUGAUAGAAACUAUCAGUGAUUAAUGGAUCUUCUUCAGAAAUCCAAGAGCAGCCUUCAACAAAGAGCCCCAGAGUCAACAACAGAGCAGCUCCACAAUCUGAAAGUGUGCACCUCUGCUGUUUGCCCGCCCUCGACGACGCUUCACCCAGUCCGUGCCCAAGUCCCCAGCUCGGUGGUCCUGUCUCCCUCCCCCUCCCCAGGCCUGCCAGACUUCCCAGAUGAGACCGCAGCCCCGCCAGCUUCUCUCUCCUCCCUCUCUUCCCUCUCCUCGUUUGCUUUGCUCUCUCCUCUCUCCUCCUCCUCUUCCUCCUUAUCUUCCCUCUCCUCCAUCUCCUGUGCCACAUCAGUAGCACCUUGGCCUGCUCAGAGCUCUGCAGAUAAGACCCCUCUCUCUACCAUGGAGUUGGGUAGCGCUGGUGGAGGUAGUGGUGUGGAUGGUGGCGGUGGCAGCAGUGAGGGGAGAGGUGACUGUUUGAGUUCUCACACCAAAAGCCCGGCAGAGUCUGAAUCUUGUGAGUCCGUCCUCGGCCUCCCUCAGGAGUUCCAACCUUGUUCAGCCUCAACCAUUCCGUGCCUCGGCUCCGACUCCGACGAGCAGGUCCUGUCCGAUCAGCUCCUCAGCGACUCGGCGGCCCACGGCGCGGCAGCAGCGGUCGUGCCGUCCGUGGAGGAGGAGGAAGAAGCAGCAGAGCGGGCGCUGCGGGGGGCGGGGAGCGAGUCGGACGGGGACCCGACGGCGGUGGAGGCGACCCAGAGCAUCUACGAGGGCCUAGGGGAGGAGGAGACGCAGGACUGGAGCUGCCUGGAGUCGCUGAUCAGCGAGAGCCGCAUGGAGUUGCUGGACUUGUGCUCCCGCAGCGAGCUGGCCGUCAAUCUCUUCUGCGAGGAGGACGUGGACAACUACAUGUUCCAGGAGGAGGACACCGCACUGGCCGGCGACGUCUGCUCACUCAAAAUCCGCUACGAGUCCUUCUCAGAAAGCGUCCACGAGCGCAGCAGUGAUGCAGACGCCGACGCCUUACAGGAGGCACAGCAGCACCUUGGCUUCUUCCCAGCAUGCCCCAGACGGGAGACGUCUGCUGAGAAGCCAGAAUCGUGGGAUACAGACAAAGCUGACGCCCUCACGCCGACCCCCAUCAUCAGCCCCACCAGCCAGUCACUGUUUGACUUCAGCAGCUCGCCCGGCGAGUCGGCCGAGUUCAGCGACGACUCCAGCUCCUGCACGGGCUCGUCUCCAGACACGUGGCUAGCACGGCGAGAGCACGGCAACCUGUCGCGGGAGAACUCCAGCUCCUCGUCCAGCCAGCUGAGCUACCGGCUCCGUGCCAAGAGGAAGGUGGCCUUCCGCGAGGACUACCUCUACGACGUCGACUCCAUCGAGAGCGAGCGGAACGCCGAGAGCCGCACCGAGAAGAAGCCCAAGCCGAAAGUCGGGCUGAAGAAGGAAAAGGAUGACGACUGGUGCCCCAAGAAGAGACGGAAGUCUCACCGGAAAGACCCGCCGGUCAUCAUCAAGUACAUCAUUAUCAACCGGUUCAAAGGAGUCAAGCACAUGACAGUGAAACUAGGAAGAGUGGAUGCGUCGACCACGCCUGUUAGCUUGAGCGCAGACUCCCUUAACCAGUACGAGAAGCUGGCCCCUCUGAAGGCCUUCUGGCAGAGCCAAUCGGAGAAGGAGCAGCUGGCACUUGGCAACAAGGUCAAGCACCUCAAUGGCUGCAAACUAUCACCCGGUGCUGGUCUAAAGAAACGCAGACACAGGAUGGCCAACCGGCUGAGGAUCCAACGGAUUCACACCACGGAAAAAACGCCCGUGGACAGCAGGCAGGAAGUGAUGUCAUCCCAGAUGAACGCAGCUGAAGCGGAGAAGUUGAGGGAUAAAAUGUCCCGAGUGCGCGAGGACGGGGUGUCAGGGGGUGUUACGUCUGCCUGCCUGGGUGGUCCGGGACCCAGAAGAAGGAAGAUGAGGCAAGAGAGCGAAGAGAGGGGCGAGGACAACAAACCCAUCCGAGUGAGGAAGUUCAGAAGUGAGGCUCGACUAAGGGCUAAGAAACUGGCAGACGCACAGGCCAGCAUGAGCGCGGAGAGUGAACCAGCCCAGGCGUAUGAGUCUAGCACAAGAAACCCCCAAGACACGAAAGUGAGCACCAGCAGUAAUGCACCAGACAAAUGCACUUUGACCUUGAACUCCUCGGGGGGCGCAGCUCCUGCCAACAUGCCCCCUCUCCCCGGAGGCUACCUUCAGACCUUGCUGGAGGCAUCUGAAUCAUCAAACAAUGCUUGCACGUCCUAUUUUCCAUUGUCACAGGAGCAGCAGCAGCAGUCCCAGCCCUUUGUUCUCGGGGUGCCGUUUCAGCCUCCACAAAGCUGCGUUCUCUCGCCCCCGUCUGAGUCGGAGCUCCCUCAGUCCCCCCAUGGCCACGGCAGCUACCCUGGAGAGAAACAGCAAGGCCAAGGAUACGCCAGCGAGGGCGCACACCACGCAGACACUAGCUAUCCCGCAGCAUGGCCGUCUCAGCCUGGGGAGACACACCAGCUUCCUUUUCCGUCCGCCAUCCCCGCCCAGUCUCCCAUGAUGCACUCUGGCUUUCCCAAACAGGCCUUGCUGACUCCGGACGGGAAAGCCACCGCAGUAGGCUACCUUCCUGCGUCAUCCGUCGGAGACAGCAGAGUUGUGUCAAGCGAGGAGAUGCUGCAACCCGAGCAGCAGCAGCAGCUUCUGGACCUGGAGUAUAGGCUAAGCCCGAACGGAGCUCAGGGGGACGGUGGCGGUGUCGGGCGGCUGGUCAGCUUCGACUCCCUCGGCUCGCUCUCUGUGGCGUCCAGCAACUACAGCUCGCUGAGCCUGCACGAGGGGGAGGGAGGGGACGGAGAUGAGGGCGAGAUGAGCGACAACUUCCUGUCCCACUGCAGCCCGCAGCUGGUGCUGCAGCAAAGCCUGGAGGAGAUGACGCCGCUGCGAGAGUCCACCGACCUGCUCGACAUCUCCAACUUCACGCCGGACAAGUUCCGCCACGCCUCCCUGUCGGAGAUGUCCCCACCCGUGACCCCCAGCCCGUCCCCGCACCUAAUCCGGCAAGGUGCGGGUUUCCCCACCGAGGCCGUAGCCUCCGAGCUGCACUGGGACUGCGGAGUGGUGAGCUCGUCUGAGCUCGAGGACGUGAAUGGGUCGAGGCACACCCACCUGCUCCAGAUACAUUCCUUCGGUCCCAACGAGGAAGAUGAGGAGGAGAGCAACAGUCUCGGCAAGGAUGAGGAAGGCGGUUUCAAAGGGAAGAAGGGUCUUAAACGGAAAGGCGCCAAGUCGGGACCCAAAAAGACGAAAAGCCCCAAAGCUGCCAAAGGCGAGCAGAGCAAGUCCCCCAGGCAGGAGUCCAAAUCCGCGCGGAAGAUCAAAGCCAUACUGGAGGGGAAGGCCAACAAAGGAAUGGGGGGUUCCCACAGUGGCACUGACUCGCCCUCGGCUGCCAUGUUAGGCGUAGCAGGGGAGUGGCCCGGCGGCGGUCUGUCCGACGACGACCAACAGGAGUUCAAGGAGCCGUCCAACAUCCUAUCCAACAUUGUGUCCGGUAUGGCGGAGGUUCAGCGCUUCAUGAGGGCGUCUGUCGAGCCACUGUGGGGGCCAUGCCCGCCGCCAGGGGAGCAGUCGCUGCAAAGCCAGACGCUGAGGAUUCUGGGAGGGCCGUUCGAGUCUGGGAAGAAGCGGGGUGGUGGUGGUGGCACCAGCGGGGCGGGCCGCGGGAAGAAAGGGGCGGGGCGCGGUGCGAAAAACCCACCCAAGCUCAUCCCCGCGGACUUCUUCCCGGCGCUAGGUCUGGACUGCUUCCCCGUCCCGCACCGGCCAGCCCACAAGAAGAUGUACCGCCACAAGAGCAGCGCCAAGUUUUCACGUGAGGAGCUGGCGCUCAGCAAAGGGAACGCUAAAGUUUCAGCAUUGACAGCGACACUUGAGAAACAGAGGUAACGUUCAGUCACCGGAUUCCGUUAAAUGCCCCCGUGCCCCAACUCUCCCCCCCACCCCUCUAAUGUACACAUUACCCCUCCGAACCUUUUUUGAGCACUCCAGCAUCCCACGGGAAUCUGCAUGAUGUUAAUCUAACCCUAACAACCCAACCUUGCCACAUCCCAGACCUAGCCUACAGACAAGCUGGGCUAUCCUGCAUGACACAAACACGUUUGUCACAAAGGCCACAGACUCCUGCUCACCUUUCCUGGAACUGAACCACCACAUGGCUGCAUUUUCUUAGGACAUUACUGCUUAUGUCUUUCGAUUACAUGAUUUUAAUUUAAAGAUAUGUUUUGAUUUCAUUGCAUUUUUUUUAAUAUGUUGGUAUGAACAGAAAAUGCCUUGGUAUACUGUAUCUUUGUGUGUUGGUUAAUGUUUUCGUUGUUUUGUUUUUCUGUUACAGCUCUCAGUGUGUGUCUGUUUUUUCAGUGGACAUCUACAUCAAUGCUUUAAAAACAAACAAACAAAAAAACAUCCCAUCUCUUUGCCAAAUCAGCAAGUGGUUGCCUUCAGUUGUUCAAAAGUCAGGGACACUUGAGAGGUUUCCUGUACUACGAGAUAUUUCCGUCUUUAUCGUGCCAACAGUAAACCUGUUUGGGUUUCUGCAGGGAGUAAGCUGUCUCUCCAAGAGAUUUGCUGGUCUGUUGACUUACAUCAGCCUGUUGAUGCUGGUGUUUGUACAGUUUUUUAACGUGGCAUUAUGUAUCUCUUUCCCCAGUCCAGUUAACAGGGUCCACUGGUGAUGUUUGAUGAGCAGAUCUGGCAAGUUCUAGCAUAGAGAAUGUGUCCUGUGUUUGUGUGUGUGUGUGUGUGUGUGUGUAUGGAUGGAUGUGUGCAUGUGUUAACUUGUUUAUUUGUUUAUUAUUUAUUUAUAUAAAGAAUGAUUUAUCGUUGUUGUAUAGGAAAGUAUGCACUAUUUACCAGUUACUGACUAUGAAAAUAUUGUUUAAAAUAUUGUGCCAAACAGUGAACAACUCACUUCAGACAUUUUUUAUCUACAUACAUUUGCUUAGGUCUUUGUUUUUUGUUUGUUUAUUUGAUUGUUUGUUUUGAUUGGGCAGGGGAAGUUCAAGGGUGCAUGUUUUGAUAUACCUUUUGUCUCUAUGGCGUCACCAGCCUACCGCAGUCAACCUAUGAGGAAAAAUAAAUAGAUUGGAGACAUUAUCAUGAAUAUGUUGUGUAGGAAGAAAUGAACCAGAAACCGAUAUAUUGCAUAUAUAUAUAGGACUGUGAUGUUUUGAAAUGGAAUAGGUGUUAAGUGCCGGAUGGGAAAGCUAACUGCUGUCAUAAUUCCAAGUAUGCGGAAUGGUGUAAAAAAAUUACUAAUUCCUCUCAUUUCUUUUUUUAAUAAAAACUUUUUUUUUAGGAGCAAGUAUACAUAUCAGGGUUUGUUGCAGGAGAAUCUGUUGUGGCGAGAACAGCAUUUUCACAUGUUUGGUGAUGCAUUAAUCUUAAUGUAGGGUGAUUUACGUGCCAAUUUUUCAGGCAUAACUUGCAUACUCACAUAUGUUUUUUCUCUUCUAUAUUCUUUGUUUACUGGGGUCUCUGAUGCAUGUUUCUGCUAUCCUAGCAGGUCCAAGUGGGGCUCGGUUUUCCGUUCACAUCUUAAUUUUCUAACUGUAACUGCAUUUUUGAAUGUACUAUUUUUCUUUCUCCCAUGUGUCAGAGUAUGAAUUCAGUUUUUCACUUCGACUAUGAGCUUCGUCAAAAGGUGCCAGUGUCAAACCGCCUUUGAAUGGUGCUGGUAGCAUAGACACAAACUGGAACAUUUUAAAAAAUGGUAUAUGAUUCGAAAAAGAAAAAAACUCUGUGAAAAAAAACUCUGAAUUCUUAUUGUGCCCAUAAUUAUGAAUGUAUGAUAUACUGUUAUGUUUGAUGUACUGCCAUAAUUUUAAAACAUUGAUUAGAAAAGACUCCUUGCCUUUUGUUUCAAGUUAAAGAAUACGGAGCUUUAUCUACAUAGUCUUGAGUUGUUGCCACAAUGAUUCUCAAUGAACUCUUGACAUUAAAAGACUUGUAUAUUUUUCCGUGUGCCAAUUUGUAACAUAUUUUCUAAGUGUAUAUUUUUCUUAGAAAGUGCUGUGAAGUCUCUCUUGCUGUGGCUAAGCGUCCUGCCUUUUCAUGCUGUGAAAAGGAUAUCAAAUGCCAAGAUUAUGGUUUCAAAAACCAAAAGCAUUACAAAAAGACAGAGAUGAAGGCGAGGGGAAAUAUGACCUAUGAGCUGAAGCUGUGAAACUUUGUUGAGAAUUUUGUAACUGGACCAAUUUUGUCGUUAGAGUGUUGUGCUAUAGUGUAAAAAUAUUGUUGGAAACAGUCAGAAAAAAAUAUUGACAAUUUGUGAUUUCAUUGCUGUUUUAUAGAUUUUCAUGUAAAUUAUUCUAGUAUUACUUUUUUGUUGUAACUGGUACAAAAGUUUCCAUAUUUGUGAUCAAGCCUGUAUGGUGAAAACUGUAAUAUUGGUAACUUGAUAAGU